UCCUCUCUCCUACACUCCUACUCCUAGUCCCAGUUCCUGGAAGAAACACGUUGUUUCAAAAACACGCGUUCCCUACCACUAUCAGACAUCAGUCUAUUGUAUGGUCGGAGGAAAUCAUUGUCACUCUGUAUCGAGAUAUAUUUCGUUGUAAAUUAUUCUAAUUUCUAGUAGUUUUUUGCUUGGUGAGGAAAAACAUCUCAGAAGAUGAGCAUGGACACGUAUGGAUCCAAUUCUCAACCUCUUACAUUCCUCGAUACCGAAGAAUCGGAUCUGAUCGGAGCUGAUACUCAAGGUUCUGAUUUCGAGUUUACCGAAUUCACCUUACCAUCUCAAAGUCAGACGCAAUUUUCGCAAGAUGAAUCAACGCCUGGGCAAUUACACUUGAACAGUAAACUGAACGAAGAUGUGAAAAAUGACGGCGUAUCAGCGGUAAGCGAUAAAUUAGCUGAGCUACAGUUCGAAGAAGACGAAGAAGAUGCGUUUUGUAAUAAAGAGUUACCGGCAUUCGCUUGUAAAUAUUGCGCCAUUCAUGAUCCUAGUUGCGUCGUAAUGUGUAACAUAUGUAAAAAAUGGUUUUGCAAUGGUCGCGGAAAUACUAACGGAUCGCAUAUUGUUAACCAUUUAGUUCGAGCGAAGCAUAAGGAGGUAACUCUUCAUAAAGAUGGUCCUUUGGGAGAAACCGUCCUGGAAUGUUACGUUUGCGGUAUGCGAAAUGCCUUCCUUUUAGGGUUCGUACCUGCUAAGGCGGAUUCUGUCGUGGUGCUUCUUUGUCGACUACCUUGCGCUGCUCAAAGUUCUCUCAAAGAUAUGGACUGGGAUCCGGAUCAAUGGAAACCAUUGGUAGAAAAUCGAUGUUUCUUACCGUGGCUGGUUAAACUACCUGCCGAGAAAGAUCAACUCAGAGCUCGUCAAGUAACAUCGGUUCAAAUAUCCAAACUAGAAGAACUCUGGAAAGAUGACAUUGAUGCUACAAUCACCGAUUUAGAACAACCAGGAAUCGACGUCGAACCUCUAAGAGUGCUUUUAAGGUAUGAUGAUGCAUUUCAAUAUCAGAACAUUUUCGGUCCGUUGGUUAAAUUGGAAGCUGACUACGAUAAGCGAUUGAAGGAAUCCCAAACUCAGGAUAAUAUCACCGUUCGUUGGGAAGUUUUGUUGAAUAAGAAAGUGGCCGCUUACUUUAAUGUAGCUACUGACGGAGAAAUGAAAUUAAUGCACGGCGAUGAGCUGAGAUUACGAUAUAUGGGAGAAGUAAACAAGCCUUGGUCUGGAGUUGGUCAUGUUAUCAAGAUACCGGAUAAUUACGGAGAAGAAGUUUGCUUAGAGAUGAAAGCUAUCCAAGUAAUACCACCUUUCGAAUCUACUAGUAAAUUCGUGGUAGAUUUUAUCUGGAAAUCAACGUCAUUCGAUAGAAUGCAACAAGCUAUGAAGAAAUUUGCUAUUGACGACACUUCUGUAUCCCCUUAUAUUUCUUAUCGUUUGCUCGGGCACGACGUCGAUGACGUAUUAUUCAGAUCGCAAGGUUCUAAAGACUAUUCAGCUCCUAAUUUACCGGAAUUGAAUCGAUCACAAAAAUUUGCUGUAAAACAAGCGAUUCAAAGACCCUUGUCUUUAAUUCAAGGACCUCCUGGUACAGGAAAAACCGUCACUUCGGCGACUAUUGUUUACCACCUGGUGAAAUUGAACAUCGGACCUGUGUUAGUUUGUGCUCCUUCAAACACAGCCGUCGAUCAGUUGACGGAGAAAAUCCAUAAGACUAAUUUAAAGGUUGUAAGAGUUAUGCCCAAAUCCAGAGAAGGAAUCGAUUCAUCGGUUGCUUUCUUAGCUUUACAUAAUCAGCUCAAGAAUUUAGAUAGGUACUCCGAAUUGAAGAAGUUACAACAACUUAGACAAGAAACUGGCGAACUUUCUGCGGAAGAUGACAAAAGAUAUAGAGUGUUGAAGAAAUCCGCCGAACGUGAGCUACUCGAAGCUGCUGAUGUAAUUUGCUGCACUUGUGUCGGCGCUGGAGAUCCACGUCUAGCGCGUAUGAAGUUUAAUUCUGUCUUGAUCGACGAAUGUAUGCAAGCUACCGAACCGGAGUGUAUGAUUCCAAUGGUAUUGGGAUCGAAACAGCUCAUUUUGGUUGGAGAUCAUUUCCAGCUUGGUCCAGUCGUUAUGUGCAAGGAAGCUUCGAGAGCUGGUCUUGAUCAGUCGUUGUUUCAACGUUUGGUUGUACUUGGCAUCAAACCGUACCUUUUACAAGUUCAGUAUCGUAUGCAUCCGGUAUUAUCGCGAUUCCCGUCUAAUUCCUUCUACGAAGGCUUCUUGCAAAAUGGUGUUUGUGCCGAGCAAAAAAAACUACCAAAAAUCGAGUUUCCUUGGCCAGUUCCGGAUAAACCUAUGAUGUUUUACGUAACCCAAGGUACCGAAGAAAUCGCCGGAUCCGGUACAUCGUAUUUGAAUCGAACUGAAGCAUCCAUCGUUGAAAAAAUAACCACCAGAUUCUUACGUUGCGGUGUGAAACCCGAACAGAUCGGUAUUAUUACACCGUACGAAGGGCAGAGAGCAUAUUUGGUGCAAUGUAUGCAGUAUCAAGGAGAAAUAAACCCCUCGUUGUACCAAAAGAUCGAAGUAGCCAGCGUAGAUGCGUUCCAAGGUCGUGAGAAAGAUAUCAUCAUCGUGUCCUGCGUACGUUCCAACGACCAUCAAGGGAUCGGGUUUUUGAACGAUCCGCGACGGUUGAACGUUGCCUUAACCAGAGCAAAGUAUGGUCUUAUCGUGGUCGGAAAUCCCAAAGUUUUGUCCAAACAAAACUUAUGGAAUCAUUUACUCCAUUUCUACAAAGAAGAGAAUGUGCUGGUAGAAGGACCACUAAAUAAUUUAAAAGAAAGCGCUAUCCCGCUCCCUAAAAAAAAACCGCUUUUGAACUCGAUAAAUCCUGGAUGUCAUUUUAUGUCUAAUACCGUCUACGAUGCCAAAGAAGUCAUGGUACCUGGAAGUGUAUACGAUAGAUCCGGCGGCCGUCCUAAUGCCGCUGUUCAUCUUCCGCCACCUCCUCCUCAUCCAUACUUCGCUCAGCCUGGUUUAGACAUGUUCCCUCAUGCUCACGAUCCCAUGACUUACAUCUCGCCGGAAAGAGCGCAAGCCAUGUCCAAUUUGCCGGUACCUUUUAAUAUGAUUUAUAAUUUGAAUCCGAUCCCGCCGCCAAGAUUCUACAAUCAGCAGCCUAUUCAGAUGCGUCAAAAGAACGUUCGCAGACCAUUGAUGAUCGGUGACAAGAAAAAUCCGAAAGGUGGCAGGAACUCGAGAUUUAUGCCAAAGGGUCUGAGCCAAGAGGUAACCCAACCGUACAGUCAGAACAUGUCGCAGAACAUGUCGCAGCCCGGAUUUAGUCUUUCGCAAACGGGACUAUCUCAACCGGAGUUAUCGCAGGAUAGUUACGUGAUCGGCGAAUUCCAUUCGCAGACCGAUGGUAUUCUGUCGCAAGAUUCGUCCUACCAGAUUGACCAAACUACCUCGUUUCAUUCGGCUCGGCAGAACCAUGAUUUUUCUCAGGGUUAUUAACUUGGAAACAAAACACGCGUCAUCGAAGAAAUAGAAACGACUAACGCAGCUGCUAGGAAUGCGGUCGAGUGCUCUUGAUAACGGACUGUUACGUACGAUACACGAUUCUUCGAAGACUAUGCACAAGAAGAAGCGUGUUGAUAUACCAAUCGCGCGAAAUGGAAAUGCUACGCUGUAGUUUGGUUUUAUGUUGUUUUUCUCUCAUUCGGUUAUUUUUUUCUUCCUUUUUUGGAGUUUUUUGACCAACACAAGACGUUGUAUCAUUAAUUUUCAUCGCAGGGAAACUUCUACGGAACGGAGCAAAAAAAAGUGCAGUAAAAAAACUAAUACGUUUUAAUGUUAUUUUAUAUCAACCAAACGUAAAUUGAAAAGGUCUUAAUUUGCCUCUUUUGUUCGAAACGCGUUUGAAAAAUACCACGACUACGUCAACGCUCACGUGUAAUGGAAAAUAAGCGCAGAUUUACUAAAUUUUACUCGUAUUCGAUCGGAUUACUUUUUCUUUUAUUUUUGGGCCCCUUAUUUUCAUCCGAUGUGAAACAUGAAAGCAACGUUGGCUUCUAAAUCGAUGAUUCGUGUUGAGAAAUGGGGGUUUAAAUGGUGGAUUACGUUGAUUUUAAAAAAUACGAAGGUUUUAUUUGGUCAGCUUAUUAUAAAAAGUUUAUUUCUCGUCAUUUUAAAUCUUCUAUAUUUUCGUUGCGGUAUGCGGUAGAAAUUAAUUCUGGAGUGAAUAGAAGUAGGACGUGGUUAGUUGGUUACUUUACUACAUGUGCAAGGUAGUUAAUUAUAACGAUGCAGUUUCAAUUUAUCGCAUGUUUUACUAUUGUGUAACUGUUGAGAGUUUUUUUCCUUUAAAAAAAAUCUAAAAUAUAUAGAUUAUAAUAUCUUUUAACUCGA